UUCUUUAGUUUUGGCAAAAAAUGGCUUCUGAACAAGUCCUCAAGCGAUCAGAUAUUAUUGCAGAGAGCAUGCCUGAUGCAUUGAAGCAGAGCCGCUAUCAUAUGAAGAGAUGCUUUGCUAGUUUUGUUGCAAUGGGAAAACGGUUAAUGAAACGGCAACACACAAUGGAGGAAGUGGAGAAAUCAAUAGAAGACAAGCACGAAAGAAGCAAGGUGUUGGAGGGUUUACUUGGUUACAUCCUGAAUUCUACUCAGGAAGCAGCUGUCGUUCCGCCAUAUGUAGCUUUAGCUGUGAGACCCAAUCCUGGAUUCUGGGAAUUCGUUAAGGUGAACGCCAACGAUCUCACAGUGGAUUCUAUCUCUGCUUCGGAAUACUUGAAAUUUAAAGAAACCAUCUUUGAUGAGAACUGGGCGAACGAUGAAAAUGCAUUGGAAAUAGAUUUUGGAGCCAUUGACUUCUCCACUCCCCGAAUGACCCUUCCCUCCUCUAUCGGAAAUGGGGCCAACUUCAUCUCGACGUUCAUGACCUCAAGGCUACAUGGGAAGUGCGGUUCCGAAAAGUUGUUGCUAGAGUACUUACAAGCUUUAAAUCAUCAUGGAGAGAAUCUUAUCAUAAAUGCAAAUCUGGAUACAGUGGCUAAGCUUCAAGAUGCCCUGGUUAAAGCUGAAUUAUUCGUCUCCGCAUUCCCGAAAGACACACCCUAUCAGAAUUUUGAGCAGAGGUUUAAAGAUUGGGGAUUUGAGAAAGGAUGGGGGAAUACAGCAGAAAGGGUUAAGGAGACAAUAAGGCUACUUUCUGAGGUACUCCAAGCACCGGACCCAGCAAAAUUGGAGUUACUCUUUAGCAGGCUGCCCACCAUAUUCAAUGUUGUAAUCUUCUCUCCUCAUGGCUACUUUGGGCAGUCAGAUGUCCUUGGAUUGCCGGAUACUGGGGGCCAGGUGGUUUAUAUUCUUGAUCAAGUAAGAUCUCUAGAGGAGGAAUUGCUUCUCAGAAUUAAGCAGCAAGGCCUUGUUGUGAAACCUCAGAUUCUUGUGGUAACAAGGCUUAUACCAGAUGCUCGAGGGACAAAGUGCGACCAGGAGUUGGAGCCUAUUGUCAACACUAAGCACUCUCACAUUCUUAGAGUCCCAUUUAAGACACAGGAUGGGGUUCUCCGCCAAUGGGUUUCUCGUUUUGAUAUUUACCCUUACCUUGAGAGAUUUGCCGAGGAUGCUACUGCUAAGAUCCUUGAACACAUGGAACGCAAACCGGAUCUCAUUAUUGGGAACUACAGUGAUGGAAACUUGGUUGCAUCUUUGAUGGCUAGCAAACUUGGAAUUACUCAGGCAACUAUUGCUCAUGCCCUGGAAAAAACCAAGUAUGAAGAUUCAGGUGCCAAAUGGAAGGAAUUAGAAACCAAGUACCACUUUUCAUGUCAGUUCACGGCUGACAUAAUCUCAAUGAACGCAACUGAUUUCAUCAUAACAAGCACAUAUCAAGAAAUUGCAGGAAGCAAGGAUAGGCCCGGACAAUAUGAAAGCCAUGAAGCAUUUUCCAUGCCCGGACUUUAUCGGGUGGUCUCAGGCAUCAAUGUCUUUGAUCCAAAGUUCAACAUCGCCGCUCCUGGGGCUGAUCAAUCUGUAUACUUCCCCUACUCGGAGAGACAAAGUCGGAUAACCUCUUUUCACCCUGCCAUUGAAGAACUGCUGUACAGUAAGGAGGAUAACAAUGAGCACAUAGGAUAUUUGGCAGACAGGAAGAAACCAAUCAUCUUUUCAAUGGCACGACUGGAUACAGUGAAAAACAUUUCGGGAUUAACUGAAUGGUAUGGAAAGAACAAAAGGCUGAGAAGUUUGGUAAAUCUUGUGAUUGUAGCAGGAUUUUUUGAUCCAACAAAAUCGAAGGAUAGAGAAGAAAUUGCAGAAAUCAAAAAGAUGCAUGCCUUGAUAGAGAAAUACCAACUUAAGGGCCAGAUCAGAUGGAUAGCAGCUCAAACUGACAGAUAUCGCAAUGGAGAGCUGUACCGCUGUAUUGCAGAUACAAAGGGUGCUUUUGUGCAGCCUGCACUCUAUGAAGCUUUUGGUCUUACAGUCAUCGAGGCAAUGAACUGUGGAUUACCCGCAUUUGCAACAAAUCAAGGAGGCCCAGCAGAAAUUAUUAUUGAUGGGAUCUCAGGCUUUCAUAUUGACCCAAACAAUGGUGAUGAAUCCAGCAAUAAGAUUGCUGAUUUUUUUGAAAAAUGCAAGACGGAUGCAGAAUAUUGGAACAGGAUGUCAAAAGCUGGACUGCAGCGUAUAUAUGAAUGCUAUACAUGGAAGAUUUAUGCAAACAAGGUGUUGAACAUGGGAGCAAUCUACGGAUUUUGGAGGCAAUUGAACAAGGAACAAAAGCUAGCUAAACAAAGAUACAUUCACAUGUUUUACAAUCUCCAAUUCAGGAAUCUGGCAAGCAAUGUGCCCAUCCCGAGUGAUGUACCCCAACAACCAACACGUGCGGCAAAAACUACACCCAAACAAUCAGCACCAGCGGCAAUAACUGGACCCCAACAACCAAAGCCAGCAGUGAUAUCUAAACCUCAGCAACCAGUGUCAACAUCUAAAAUUGAACCUCAGCCAACACCAAAGCAUGAUGGGAAUGAAGACCAGAAGCAGCUUGGCCCGCGACAAGCACGCUGCCCUUGGAGUUGGUGGUGCUUCAUUCUUGGUUCUCUCUUUGUCUCUUAUUACGUCCUAAGGAAGUUUGAUUUUCAUUCACAAAAAUGAAGUGACAAGAAUGGUCAUUUAAAUUCCUUGUUCAAUUUGUAAAGGUCUCUUUAUAAUAUAAUAAUAAUAAUAAUAAUAAUAAUGUUUCUUGUUUCCGUCUGAGACAAGUUCAUUGCUUA